CAAAAUAUCACCUACGAGCAGUUGUAGUCCCGUGCUGAGCCAUGUUCAAGCGUACCUGCACGGAUCUGACCAAAAUACCCAAGGAGAAGGUGCGCCAGUGGCUGACCACAAUCGAAUCGGUGAUAUUCGAUGCCGACGGUGUUCUGUGGCACCUGAACCGGCCGAUCAAUGGGGCAGUGGAGACCUUUAAUAUGAUCAAGAGCUCGGGCAGGCAGGUGCUGGUGGCGACCAACCAUUCGGGUCUGCUCACCAAGGAUCUGGCCGCGAAGGCGCACCAGUUCGGCUACGAGAUCCAGGAAGAGCAGAUACUGAGCUCGGCGCUGUCCGUGGCCAGGUUCCUCAGCGCGAAGGGGUUCAAAAAGAAGGCGUACAUCGUCGGGGAGUCGGCCAUUGUCGAUGAGCUGGCCAAGGAGAACAUCUGCAGCUUCUCUGUGGGCAAGGAGAAGCUGCUCAAGCCCAUGGAACAGUUUGCCAAGGAUAUGUACCUGGAUCACGAGGUGGGCGCCGUGAUAAUCGGCAAGGAUGAGAGCUUCAAUGUGCCGAAGAUAAUCAGGGCCAGUUCGUACCUCCAGGAGCCGAAGGUCCUCUUCCUGGGCACCUGUCUGGACACCGCCUAUCCGGUGGGCAAAAACCGGAUGAUUGUGGGCGCCGGUGCCAUGGUGGCCGCCGUGAAGGCCAUCACUGGCCGAAUGCCGCUGAUUUUGGGCAAGCCGAAUCCCCUGAUGGUGGAGCAGCUGCUGCAAUGCGGCGUCCUCAAGCGGGAGUCCACGCUGAUGGUUGGCGACACUCUCUACACGGACAUUCUGUUCGCCAGCAACUGCGGCUUCCAAUCGCUUUUCGUGGGCACCGGCGUCAGCACCUUGAAAGAGGUGCGCCAGAUUUGCAAUGACGAAGGACGCAGCAAAGUGGACAUGAUCCCAGACACCUAUCUGCCCUCUCUGGGACACUUGCGGGAGUUCCUCUGCUAGAUCUGUCGAUCAUGAACACAACACAUGAAUGCAUGCCCAUCCAUCUGGUACACCUUCUAAAUGUAAUGCUUUAAUAAAUUCUAGAUUAAUAUGAGUCCGAA